AUGUUCGAUCUAAGCAUCGAUCCUCAAGAAGGCGAUGAUCUCUCUAUGUUAGAUCUAAGCACCAACCCUCGGGAAGGCGACGAUCUCUUUAUGAUCUAUCUAAGCACCAGCCCUCGAGAAGGCAAUGAUCUCUUUAUGUUCGAUCUAAGCACCAGCCCUCGAGAAGGCGACGAUCUCUUUAUGUUCGAUCUAAGCACCAACCCUCAAGAAGGAGACGAUAUCUCUAUGUUCGAUCUAAGCACCGACCCUCGGAAAGGAGACGAUCUCUCUAUGUUCGAUCUAAGCACAAACCCUCGGUUAGAUGAUGGUAAUGUAAAAAAUUACCAAGAACCUUAUCAUGAAGAUAAACUUGAAGAGGUUCCACCUGAGCCAUCGGUUGAACCUGGAUUGAGAAUAUCUACUAGAGAGCGUCAAGUUUCUCAAAGAUAUCCUCCACACGAGUAUGGAUGA